AUGAACGAGAUCGGGCUCGGCGUCGCUGUUAAUAGUGCCGGAACAACGUCAAACGAUGUCUCUGAUGGAAGUUUUAGUCAGGCAAACUAUGGUUCAGGAUUGAGAAACGAGAAACUUAACCCGUCAAUGGGAGUCCCUGGAGGAAUUGGCGGUCAACAGCAAAUGCAUCAAUUUCAGCAGCAACAUCAGCAACAACAGCAGCAACAGCAGCAACAGCACUUAUUACAACAACAGCAGCAACAACAACAGCAACAGCAGCGCUUGUUGAUGCAGCAGAAACUGCGGCAGCAACAACAGCAGCAAGCGGUACAAAACUAUGAGAACCAAUUUUAUCAAUUUCUUAUGACCAUCAACAAGAAACCCAAACGACUGUACAAUUUUGCAGAAGAUACGGAUUCCAUUUUAAAAAAAUACGAACAGUUCCGUCCCAGUUUUGAAUUUCACAUCUACGAAAAUAACUACAAAAUCUGUGCGCCUGCAAACACCCGGUUGCAACAGCAGCAGAGAAUGCCUCAAGCCACUAGUGAUGGUUUGAUUCUCAACAAGAACAACGAAACUCUGAAAGAGUUUUUAGAAUACGUAGCGCGUGGAAGUAUUCCAGAAGCGAUUAUGGAGGUUUUGAAGGAUUGCAACAUUCAGUUCUACGAAGGAAACAUGAUUCUGCAGGUUUAUGACCACACAAACACGGUGGAUGUCAAGCAGACGCAGAAAGCGCCGUCAGAUCCAUCUCAAGCGGCUAGUGCAACCAGUUCAGAUCAUGCGGCAUCCAUGGAUUCUAAAGAAUCUGUCAAAAAUGCUUCUGGUCAACAAUCAGACUCACAAGGAAGGCCGCCCAGUCAACAGAGCAUACAUUUCAAUGAAUCUCCAGCCACCUCAAGUGCACCCAAGCCCGGCUCCACUGAUGAACAAGCAAACUCAACUGCUGGUACAGAGACUACCCCACAGGAAAAUGGGAACAAAGAAGUCGUUGCCACUUUCAAACGACCAAGGGUUUAUCGUACUCUACUGCGACCCAGCAGUCUUACUCAUUACUACGACAUGAUGUCGUAUGCCGAUCACACGCGUUUUUCUGAUAACAUUUAUCAACAGCUUGAGUCCGAAAUUCUUACUCUCACAAAACGCAACCUGAAACUUAAUGUUCCCUUGAAUCCUUUUGAGUAUAAGGAUAGAUUGGACGAUGCCGAUUUCUUGUCGAAAAAAGAACUUUGUCAUCGUGAACUCUCCACCAGGAAAGGAACAAAGAGCCAGGUCGGUCACAUAGAUCUUCAUGAAGAAUCUCCCCAGCAUAGUUCGAGUUACGAGCAAAUGAUGUUAAUCAUGAGUGAAAGAACAAGCACCACGACAACAUCAACAAUUGCGGCAUCUUUGGCGAAAAGUGCUGCAGAUUUGACAAGUACGUCACUUAAGAGCGGAGGAGGCAAAGGCGCAGCUUCUGCUUCGAGCUCAACGGGUAGAGGAAGCGGCAGUAAUUCUGUUGCAGCCGCUGCUGUUGCCGCUGCAGCAGCUGUAGGAUCAAGCAGUAACGACAACAACCAAUUCAGUAGACUAAAAUUUGUGGAGCAAUGGCGGGCAAACAAAGAAAAGCGGAAACAACAAGCAAUGAACGCAAAUGUUACGCCAACCACUUACAACCAAAGGAUAUCGAUGUCUGCGCCCUUGACCGCACAGCAAAUCAAGCAACAGCAGCAGCAAACAAUGGAACAGCAAAGAGGAGUUAAUAAAAGACCAGGAGAUGAAGAAAAGAACAAACCGAAAAAACAGCGUAAGACCACGAAAAAGGCCACCCCAGCUGUGACACCUGAUCCAGCCAAGAAGAAAAAAGCACCAAAGACUAAGAAGUAG